ACUUGAAUUGUACGAACCGCAUUUAAAAAUGAAAUUCCUCAUCGUCUCCGUCCUAGUGGCGUGCGUCUGCGCUGACGUUUCGCACAUCGUCGGCAAGAAGGACGAGUCACAGGCUACGAUCCUGAAGCAAGAGCUGGACGUCGGGAAAUUGGGAGAAUAUCAGUGGUCCUAUGAGACCGAGAACGGUAUCGCGGCGAGGGAGCAGGGCGCCCUCAAGGACGUACCCGGGGCUGAGGUACCAGCUCAGGUGGCACAGGGAGAAGCGAGAUGGACGGCACCAGACGGCCAAGUGGUAGCGUUCCAGUACACGGCCGACGAGAAUGGUUACAACGCACAGGGUCCCUUCAUACCCACACCGCACCCCAUCCCAGCAGAGAUUCUCCGCUCAAUCGAGUACAUCCGAGCUCAUCCGCCAAAGGAGAACUAAGACCGACGCGAAACCAACCAUCUCUAUCUUUCAUCAAGAGCGAGACGACGUUAGUUUUAAGCGCCCGCGACAAAAAGAGAUAUCGUAUAUCUAUCACGGCCAGUAAAUUAGACAAGUGCGUUCGGAUCGUAUGAACUUCGAUCACGUGACAUCGAAACGAACGCCACUUGUCUAUGGCCGCUGUUCUUAUAUCGGAAACCGGUUUAAACUGGAUCGUUAAUGUGACCUUGUAUGAAUAUUAUGGGACGGCGUGAACUGAUAUUCAAUAUACUAAAGCAACGGAAUUUCAAUGUCCCAUCGCUGGGCUAAGGCUGUACUGUUCAUGGAGUUUUGUAUCCAAAUUGUUGUAACGCCGCUAGAUGGCGCUGUACCAGAGCAACUCUCACACAGUUCAAUCGGCCGCCAUGAUAAUUUUCAUGCAUACGGACACCAUACGGUCAUUUUGGGUUUUGUACCAACCACAAGGUUCAGUAGAUUAACUAUCUCUUGCUGUUACGAUAAUACUCACACCGUAUAUAUAAGUUUUCUGAUUUCUAUGAAGUCGAAAUGCCAUAAUAUAUUAUUUUGUAA